ACAUCGUUUACCUACGUCACGUAACUUCAGUGACGUAUGCGGUCCAGAAAUGCGUCCAAAAGGAUGCAUCCUAGGGAAUUGAGACAUACCACCGACUCUGCCGGUGAAAACACUGUUUACCGGGAACCGGAACUCCGUGUGUGCCGCGCUGCCUGCUGGGUAAUAUGUGAACGACAGCGGGACGUUGAUUGGAGCUCCGCGGCGCGUGGAGAUAGAAAGUAAAGAAACAAGGUGAAGACCAACGGACUUUAAUGGAGAAACGGAGAUAAAAGAGGACGGAAGUCACCGAAGAUGUCUCUCUCUCUCUCUGCAGAGAGAGACAGGAUCCAGCGACAGGUGGAGCAGCUGGAACAGAACCUGUCUGCUACGAACACUGAGCUGGAGCUGCUGAGCAGCGAGACAGAUGAUGAAUCAGAUGGUGAUGACACAGAGGAGGAGAGACAGUCUGCUUUAGGUCUGUUGGCUCAGAGAGAGAAAAUCCAGAAUGAGAUCCACAACCUGGAGGAAGUCCUGGGACAACACAGUCCUGUCUGCGUCUCAGAUGAUGAGGACAGCAGCAGUGAGGAGAGUGAGCUGGCUCUGUCUCCGUCAACAGACUCGUGUCUUCAGAUGAACCUCGUCUACCAGCAAGUGGUUCAAGAGACGUUGGACCAGCUGGAGACGCUUCUGACACACAACCACAGACAACAGAAGGAGCUUUUGUCUCAGUUGUCUGGCCCAGUCAAAGAGUCCUCCAGGGAACGUCCCGCCCACCCGUCCUGCCAGAAGACCAUCAACAUGUACCUGGGCUGCUUCCUCAAACCAUACUUUAAGGACAAACUGACAGGCCUGGGUCCUCCAGCCAAUGAUGAGACCAAGGAGAAGGCCAGCAGGUUGACUGGUUGUCUGGACGACAAGAAAUUGAAAGUCAAGCGAUGGGAGAGCUGGCAGAAGACUCUGUUGAUCCACUCAGUGACCAGAGACAGUCUGAGGAGAAUCAUCCAACCCAAACUCUCCAAGGUGGACUACCUGAGCCAGAAGCUGUCCAGAGCAGCAGAGACGGACAAGGAGCCGCUGAGACAGCAGAUGGACAGUCUGGAGAGAGAAAUCGAACUGCUCAGAGAGAAGACGGAGGAGCAGCUGGUUGGGGAUCGAUUCGAUGAACACGAUUGGCAGAAAAUCUCCAAUGUUGAUUUUGAAGGAACGAGGGAUGCGGAGGACAUCCGUUGUUUCUGGCAGAACUUCCUCCACCCGUCCAUCAGCAAGACAAAGUGGAGUAAGGAGGAGGUGCAGCAGCUGAAGGAGAUCAGCAGGAGACAUGGAGAGAGAGACUGGGAGACCAUUGCUACAGAGCUGGGGACGGGGAGGACAGCCUUCCUGUGUCUCCAGACCUUCCAGCGGUUCGUCUCUGACUCGUUGAAGAACGGCCUGUGGACUCCAGAUGAAGACGCUCUGCUCAGGGAGCUCGUGGACAAGAUGAGGAUCGGAAACUUCAUCCCCUACACGCAGAUGAGUUACUUCAUGGAGGGGCGGGACCCGGCUCAGCUGAUCUACAGGUGGAACCAGGUUCUGGACCCGAGUCUGAAGAGAGGCUUUUGGACCAAAGAGGAGGACCAGCUGCUUCUCAAUGCUGUGUCUCGCUAUGGAGAGAAGGACUGGUGGAAGAUCCGCUUUGAGGUUCCUGGACGCACUGACUCCGGCUGCAGGGACAGGUACUACGACUGUCUGAAGGCGGAGACGAGGAGAGGACCCUUUGACCAGCAGGAGAAGGAGCUGCUGCAGCUGCUGGUGGAGAAGCACGGAGUCGGCCGUUGGUCAAAGAUUGCUGCAGAGAUUCCUCAUCGUAACGACGCUCAGUGUCUGAGAGAGUGGAGGAAACUGAACAAACCAGCAAAGCCUCGUCCUGAGAGAGUCAAAAAGAAGAAGAAGAAGAUGAAGAAGAAGCAGACGUGUCAGUCCACGAGACAGAUGAGGAGAUGCAAGAGCCUGAAGGAGGAGGAGAGCACUGAGGACGAGGAGGUGAAGGUGGAGUACAUAGACAGCGAUGGAGAUGAGAAGAUGAAGGAGGAGGAGGAGGAGGUGAAGGAAGGUGCUCAGAAGGGGGAGCCAGUGGAGGAGGACUACACCUUCUCCCCCUUGCAGGAGUGGAUUCCAGCAGAAAAACCCCAAAGCUCCACCUUCCUGAGCUUUCGAUUGGUGGAGCUUCCUUCCUCGUCCCCAGACCCGGUCCGGUCCGCAGACCAGCACCCGGUCCGGUCCACCAUCCUGGGCAAGUCCGGCCGGUCCGUGAUCCUGGGACCGGGUCCCAGGCCGCUCCAGUGGACAGAGCGCCACGCCACCAGCGCCAUGAUGAUGGUGUCGCCUGACCAGCUGCGGGCUUACCUGCACCGCCAGGUGGAGAAGUUGGAGAGGCGGAGCUCCCCGAGGAAGCUCCAACACGUCAGGCAGAACCCGCUGGGGUGGACCCUGGACCCAGGCCUGUUCCUCCAGCUGCAGGCCGCCGUCACGCCGUGGAUCGGUAACGUGCUGAUCCCUCACAAGAGCCGGGUCACAGUGGCCGACGCCCUGAGGGGGCGGGAGGAGGACCUCCUCUCCACACCGGUCUUCAUGCUCCUCCUCCAGGCCAUGCACGUGGAUGCCGUCGGUUGCAAAGAGAUGAUUGAGCAGAGGAGGAACCUUGUGGUGGUGACGCCUCCUGCUCCGCGUCACGCCUCCAACAAUUCCGUUGCUGACAUGCUUCUGAAGAGGAAGACCAUGAAGGAGGAGCAGCAAACUAAACUGAUCCUGAAGCAGCUCCAGAGGAAACCUCCUCCUCCUCAGAACUGCCCCAUUCUACUUCAGAUGCCUCCUAGGAUGUCUCCUGUCUCCUUCCCUCAGGCUGUCUUUAUUCCACAACCUGGCUCCUCCUCCUUCCAGCUCAUGACUACUUCCUCUCCAUCUCCACAAAGACCACCCCCAGGGGGGGUCCUCACCUGUCUGUUCCCUCCUGCCCCUCUUCAUGUUCUUCCUGCCUCUGGGGGCCCAGUACCUGCCUCCAGUCUUCUGGUCCCUCAGACUGCUCCCUCCUGCGUGGCCACGCCCCCAACAGCUCCUCUUGAACCUCCUCCUGCCGAGCUGGUUUCCUCUCCUCCCAGACCUCCUGUCUCACUGAAGGUCCCAUUGCCCCUAAAUGCAACACCUACCUGCUCACCUCAGAACCCGAGCUCUGUCCCCCCCCCCUCCAUACCAACCUAUCAGCUCCUCGCCCCCUCCCAUUCAGGCCCAUCUGUUGUCCUCGAUGAUCAUUGCUACAUACGAAGCAGUCAUCUGGUGAAGUCCAUCCAAGCUCCCUGUGACUCCGCCUCCAACCAGCAGCCUAAGGCCCUGUCCAGAAGGAGGACGCGGGGUAAGGGGGGGGGGGAGGAGCCGCCGGGCCAGGAGGGACAAUGUGUGAUCCAGAAAGGAAAGAGGGUUCGGAACCCGACUCCGAGGGCCAAAGCUUUACAGGAAGCUGUUCAGGAGAAGGUCGAAGCCAAGAAGCAGAGAUCAUCUUCUUCAUCUCCUCGUAAUAAGCGCCGUCGUAGCACCCCCCCUGAGGAGGUCUUCUCUCAGCCCCCUGGGUUCUGCUUGAGACCCGGUCAAUCCAUGUGGGUCAUGACCCCACGCGGGCUAGUCCAGCUAGCUGAAGCUCCGCCCCAGGGCCUGCAGCUGGCGUUGGUACCAAGCGCCCCCCUCCCUGCUCCACCUGGUCAGCUGAUCAGACACACCCUAUUCCCCCCCAGUGGGUCUGUCCUCAAUCAGCUCCGCCCUCUUACAGCCUCUCCGCUCCGCCAACCCAUCUCACACCCCAGCACCCCCCCCGGGCCCCCCUGCCGCCCCCGGCCUCCCCCAAAACUCCUCAUUCCAAAUAAGGGUGCGGUCGGGGUCAAGCCGGCGGCGCCGCCCUUUCUCAGGAGGGAGGCGCUGCAGUUUGACCCAUCCCUCAUGUUCCUGGAGACCCCAGAGGCAGUGCGUGAGUGGCUGAGCGGUCGGGGGGGCGUUGCGGUCGGGGGGGGGGCUGGCCUCCUUCCCUACCUGCCUCCCUGCGUCAGCAGCCUGAACACCUUGAGCGCGCUGCUCAGGGCAAAGAGAGUCCUGACCUCAUCAUCACUGCAGCUCCUGAGGGAGGGGGCCGAGUCCCAGAGGGGGGCGGAGCUACCCGACUCCACCUCUGACCAGUCAGGUCCUCCUCCUCCCGCCCCCCCCGUCAGCCCUGACCUCCUGGAGGCCGAGGAGGCCGAGCUGCUGGUGGUGAUGCGUCAACUGGUGGCACAGCGUUUCUCAGGUAACCCCGCCUACCAGCUGCUGAAGGCCCGCUUCCUGUCUUGCUUCACUCUUCCCGCCUUCCUGGCUACGGUACAGCCAAUCAGAGCAAAGCGUGGCCCAGCCAAUGAGGAGGAGGAAAAGGACAACGAGGAGGAGGAGCUAAAGAAGAUCAGGGAGCGAUGCAGACAGAGGAGAGCUGAGAGGUCUUUGCUGCUAUGUGACGGGUCGGGAGCUCCAGCCAAUCACUUCUCAGGAAUCCAAGGCUCCUCCCCCUUUCCAUCUGUGUCCAGUUGAACCACAGGACCUCUUACACGUGGUGCAUUCAGGGACCUUGAAUAGAAUUGCACUAAAAUAUGUUUGAAGAUUUUUUUUAAUCAGCUUCUGUAAACGUUCUGUAAUUAUCAGCUGCUUGAUUUGUAAUAAAGGGAAAGUUCAUGUUU